AUCUUUAUGAUCCUUCUAUCUAUGGCGAACUUUAGCCAUGCAGGUGACCACAACGUCUUGCAGAAUGUCUCUCCUCUUGUCACGUUCCUCAAGCUGACCUCCCUGGGCUUCAUUAUUGGUAUUGGCGUGGUGGGAAACCUCCUGAUCUCUAUCCUGCUUGUGAAAGACAAGAGCCUUCACCGAGCCCCCUAUUACUUUCUCCUAGACCUCUGCGCUUCAGACGUGUUGCGGUCCGCUAUCUGUUUUCCCUUUGUCUUCACGUCCGUCAAGAACGGGUCGGCGUGGACGUACGGCACGCUCACCUGCAAAGUGAUCGCUUUCCUGGGCGUCCUCUCCUGCUUCCACACCGCCUUCAUGCUGUUUUGUGUCAGCGUGACCCGCUAUUUGGCCAUCGCCCACCACCGCUUCUACACGAAGAGGCUCACCUUCUGGACCUGCUUAGCCGUCAUUUGCAUGGUGUGGACGCUGUCGGUGGCCAUGGCCUUCCCUCCCGUGCUGGACGUGGGGACUUACUCCUUCAUCCGCGAGGAGGACCAGUGCACGUUCCAGCACCGGUCCUUCAGGGCCAACGACUCCUUGGGCUUCAUGCUGCUCCUGGCCCUCAUCCUCCUGGCCACCCAGCUCGUCUACCUCAAGCUGAUCUUCUUUGUCCAUGACCGGCGGAAGAUGAAGCCCGUCCAGUUCGUGCCGGCCGUGAGCCAGAACUGGACCUUUCACGGCCCCGGGGCCAGCGGUCAGGCCGCCGCCAAUUGGCUGGCUGGCUUCGGGAGGGGUCCGACUCCGCCCACUUUGCUGGGAAUCCGACAGAACACCAACCCGGCAGGCCGAAGGCGCUUGCUGGUGCUGGACGAGUUCAAGACGGAGAAGAGGAUCAGCAGGAUGUUCUACGCCAUGACCUUCUUUUUCCUGAUCCUUUGGGGACCCUACCUGGUGGCAUGCUACUGGAGGGUGUUUGCUAGGGGUUUGGCUGUGCCUGGGGGUUACCUGACAGCUGCCGUCUGGAUGAGCUUUGCCCAGGCCGGAGUCAACCCAUUCAUCUGCAUCUUCUCCAACCGUGAGCUGCGCCGCUGCUUCAGCACCACACUGCUCUACUGCAGGAAAUCCAGGUUGCCGAGGGAACCCUACUGUGUUAUAUGAGGGUUUAGAUUCCUGUUAUUGAUCUCUGUUGUUUUCCCUACUCCUCCCCUCUUCGCUAUGGAAGGCAGCAGGUGGACUGUGUUAUCACUCACUUCAAAAUACUAGGGGGGGAAAAAAAAAAAAUUACGGUUUAGACAUUGUGAAGAGUUUGGAGGGUGUGAAGACAUGUCUAAGUAGAGGCAGUAGAAAGCCCUGCGUUUAUGUUCUAGUAAACCAUUGCUGUGGAAGGUCAUGGGGGGGGAAAAAAAAAAAAACAGGAGAAAAAGGCCAACUCGGACGGCUUGACCCUUCAUCCGCUGGAUAUUUAAUGACUAACGUGAGUUAAAAAGAAAUAAAGAAAUUAGCAAAUACCUCUGAGAAAUCAUUGGAUUUGUUUCACUUUUAAAAGUUGCACUAAAGAGGAGACAUAGAGAGGAUUUUUGUGGUCACUUGUUGCAUAGAAAGAACAACUUUUUGUGUUCUGUGUCAAUCAGAACAGCGAAUGCUUUAUUUCACAACAGACGUUUCAUUGGCUGUGAGUAAAGCAAAGCCUGUCCUUGGUGGCCAACACAGUUGGAAUACACCUUCACGGGAGGAAUAAAAAUCAAUGUAAGUGUUACUUUUAUUUUGGGGGAUUUAAAGGGAUAACAUUGUGUGCUGUUAAAACUGCAACAUUAAUUAGAACCUCCUUAUUGUAAAUUUAUUAGUCACGUUUCCCCUUUGACUGACCGACAUCGUUAUUUUUUCUCUACAAUUUCUGUACGGAAACAGACUGAUGAUGUCCAGGUAGAACUUUGAUUUUGGGGGGAAAAACGAAAAAAAAAUCCAAAAUAAACCGGGAAAAAAAAAAAAAAAACCCUCAGUGAAUAAUUGUUUAAUGUAUCAUAUUUGUCUAUUUCUGUACCAAAUGACAGAAGUGUAGUUACAGUCUUGGUGAGACAGCUCUGGGUAUUCUUGCCUUAAAGGUUAUAAUAUAGUUUUUUUUUUUUUUUUUUUUCUUUUUAUGGAGAAAACUGUAGGUAUAAAGAGCUCUUUAGCAACACUCAGAAGUACAAGGCUGUUUUAAGACUUUUCCACUCUGAACUCCAACACAGCAGCGCUGCUCUAAUUCUUAGUAAAGUGUGCUGUCUGCACUAGUGUACCUACCUGCCCGAGUGUACUUACCUACAUUUACCUGGGCCUGGUGCACUUACCUGCUCUGGUGUAUGUACCUGCACUAGUGUACUUACUUCUACUAUUGUUCUUACCUUUGCGGAUGUCCUAAUGUCACUUACCUGUCCUAGCCUGCUUGCCAACCCUUACCUGUCCUACUGUACUUGUCUGGCCCGGUCGGCAUACCCCUCUGUGUGUACUCGCAUACACUCACCUGUCCUAAAGUACAUUCCUGCACCAGUAGUGCACUUACUGGCCCUGAUGUAACGGAUGUAGUUACCCUUAGCUUUUUGCUGAUCUUAAUUGCCUACCCUGACGUAGUUACUUCAACGUACCUUUCCUUCUGUACGCACCUGCACUGCUGUGUGUACCUGCAGUAGUGUAUGUACCCUUCUUUACCUGCUGUGGCAUAUAUACCAACACUAGUGCACUUACCUGCCCAGUUGUACUUGCUGGUUUUUACCUGCAUUGCUCUCAGUACCUGCCCUAGUGUUUGUAUUGUGUGCGCACUAGUCUACUUACCUGCCCCGGUGUCCUUUCCCAUCCGAGUGUACAUACGUACCUGCACUAGUGUACUUCAGACACGGGAGCUUGGGGGUGUUGCUAUGCGCUGGACGUUUUUCAUGUUGAGACCAGAGCCUUAGUACGGAAUAUUGCACAAUUUGUAAGAAAAAAAAAAAGUAAAAAAAAAA